AUGUCUGUCUCUGUUCGAUAUUCGCGCUACCUGGUCUUUGCCUUCGCGGCAUUGGUGGUCUUCUUCCUCUUCUCCCGAUCCUCCAUUCCAAUCCCGACCACCAGCUUAACAUCCCCUGCAACUAAACCCCCGCCCACCUACGACUCAGUAAAAUCGCAAAAACCGCAAACAAAUGUUACGCAACAAGGCGCACGCGUCAAUGCCACCUUUGUGACCCUGGCGCGCAAUUCCGACCUGUGGGACAUGGUCAAGUCCAUCCGCACUAUUGAAGAUCGUUUCAACCGCAACUACAACUAUGACUGGGUCUUCCUGAACGACCACGAGUUCGACGAGGAGUUCAAGAAAUUGACUACUGCGCUGGUGUCAGGCAAGACUCAUUAUGGUGUCAUCCCGGAGGAACACUGGUCGUACCCAGAGUGGAUCGAUAAGGACAAGGCCAAAGAUGCGCGCGAAGAGAUGGAUCGCAAGAAGAUCAUCUACGGCGGUUCGGAGAGCUAUCGUCAUAUGUGCCGUUAUGAGUCUGGCUUCUUCUUCCGCCACCCGCUCAUGAUGAACUACGAGUACUACUGGCGCGUCGAGCCCAGCGUCGAGCUCUUCUGCGAUAUUGACUCCGAUCCGUUCCGGUUCAUGAAGGAGAACAACAAGAAGUACAGCUUUGUCCUCAGUCUGUACGAGUAUGUUGCGACUAUUCCUACCCUGUGGGAUAGCGUGAAGAAAUUCACCGGCAAUCACCCCGAGUAUGUCACCGAGGGAAAUGCCAUGGAGUUCAUCAGCAAUGACGGCGGAGAAACCUACAACAACUGCCACUUCUGGUCAAACUUUGAGAUUGGCAGUUUAGAGUGGCUGCGAUCUGAUGCCUACAUUGACUAUUUCACAUCUUUGGACAAGGACGGCGGUUUCUUCUAUGAGCGAUGGGGUGACGCACCUGUUCACUCCAUCGCUGCCUCCCUGAUGUUGAAGAAAGAGGAAGUUCACUUCUGGGACGAGAUCGCCUACUACCAUGUCCCAUUCACGCAUUGUCCUACUGAUGAACAGAAGCGGCUGGACUUGAGAUGCUCUUGCCAACCGAAAGAUAACUUCGACUGGAAGGAUUAUUCCUGUACCAAGAAGUGGUUCGACAUCAACAAAAUGCAGAAGCCGAACGGAUGGGAUGUGAAGUACGACUGA